CAGAAAUAUGAUGGAUCCAUAUGCUGAUAAUAACCAUUCAAUGCAAAUAUCAAAAGAUACAACAACUUCUCCAGCUUUAGGGAGAUGGGCACUACCUGGAGUUGUAAGAGAAUUGUCUAACAUACAUAAAGGACAGACUUUGAAAUUAAGAAACCAGAAGCAGACAUCGGAGAACUUGAAGGUCCAGUUGGAUCAAGCCAAAGAGAACUAUGAUGCCAACCUUAGAGUUUUGUCAGAAUUGACUCAACAACUCAAUCAGUGUGAAACCCAAAAGAAGUUACAAGAAUGCACCAAACUGGAGAAAGGCAAGUCAUGA